UUAUAGUGCGAGGAGAAGGUAUUUUUAACAAACUUCGUCAUUCUCGGUUUUAAAUUAUAAUAGUAUUGAUAUUUCAAGACUGUAAUUGUCUUAAAUUUAAUAUUUAAUAUGACUACAUGAAACUAUCAAGUAUACCUUAUAAUACUUACGACUAACAAAGGCAUAUUGUGCCGAAAUUUGACGGUAUUUUGCGCGGGAAGUUGAUUUGUAAUGAAAAACUUCGUUAGCGAUUUUUACUCAUAAGCUAAACUCGUUGAUUAUUUUAUUUAUUUUAAGGCUAAAACUUAAACUUUACAACAAUGGCAGAUGUUUUAGAGCAUUUGGUCGUUGAUGGUAAUGAAGUAUUAGAAAUGAAGUUAGUCAGAUCGGCAGCAGAUAUAGAAAAUGACGAUACAAGUUUUGGUCCUGAAAUGUGUCAUCAAGUUUUUGGUGAAAAUGAAAACAUUUUUGGGUACACUGACUUAAAAAUAAAACUGUACUAUAGUGCAGGAAGUCUAAAGACAUACCUUGGAAUAAGUUACUCAGACAUGAUAGACCCAAAGAAGUCAGGAGGUCUUAAAGCAGAUGAUGUGGAAGGUGCGUUAAAGAAUGUAUUGGCACCUGGAUAUGUCACCAAUUUAGAUGUCUUUGUUUCUUUUUUGGAGAAGGAUAAAUUGUUUACUCCACAAGGAGAACUAAUUCACUCAUUUACAACCACACCAUAUGAUGGUGGAGAAUCAAGAACAUUUGAGAUUUAUUAUUGUGAGACAUCUACACCAGGGUUUUUAGGUUAUCAUGAAAGACUGCAGACAUUUUUGCUAUGGUAUAUCGAUGCCGCCUCCUUCAUUGAUGUAGAUGAUGACCUUUGGACUUUCUUUACAGUAUUCGAGAAGUAUCGCAGUAGCGAAGGUAGCACGCGGUAUGCGACGGCAGCGUACGCCACGGUGUACCGCUACUACGCGUACCCGCAGCACAACCGCCCGCGCGUCUCGCAGGUGCUCACCUUGCCACCUUUUAGGAAAAUGGGCAUUUGCGCGCAUUUGCUGCAGGCCAUCUAUUCACACUUUGUAAUUCAACCAGAGGUGGUCGAUAUAACAGUAGAAGAUCCCUCUAAAGACUUCCAGAGAAUAAGAGACUAUGUAGACUCAAAAUAUUGUGAAUCUCUUCCAGCAUUCCAUCCUUCAAAGUUACAUCAGGGUUUUUCUGAGGAAAUGGCAAAACAAGCACGCAGCAAAUAUAAAAUAAACAAAAAACAAGCUAGACGCAUUUACGAAAUACUCCGUUUGAAAAACACUAACUUGUCAGACAAAACUGCUUACUUAAAUUAUAGAUUAGAUGUUAAAAAUAGGCUCAACGCCCCAUUUCAAAAAAAAAAAUUAGACAUGAAGAAACUAGAAAAAGUCUUAAAGCCGGAGGAAUAUGCCGCUACGCUGAACUCAAGCGGCCUCGCCGAGACGCAAGCGCGCCUCUCCGCACACUACCUGGCGCUGGAGGCAGACUACCGCCGCGUCGUGCAUCGGUUGGAGCAAGACUAGCGCUCCGGCGGUGAAGCGAACCACGAUACUAUUUUAACAAUACCUUGUCAAUUGUGCGAAUUGUCACCACAGAAAGUUAUUAAACCAAAUUAUAAGUUAAAAUGUUUUUAUCAAAUUUCAAAAUGAUCAUAUUGUAGCUUUUUGUUUUGUAAUUGAAUGUUGAAUGUGACUGAAGAAAUAGAAUAAGUAUAAUAUGUUCACACUAUUUUUGCAUAAUUUGUGCAAUUUAAUUAUUCAUCAAAUACCUAAUCUAAUUUUAAUUUUUUAUUUAUUCAACCUGAUUCAAAUAUAUGACUCAUUACUAUUACAUUUUUUUAAUUAAAAAGUCAACAAAAAAUUGAUAUUAUUUUAUAAAAAAUUAUUCAAUGUCAGGCAAAACAAAAAAGUAGGGAUAAAAAUUGUUGAUUGUGCUUUGGUUUAAAACAAAAGUUAUGUUAUUUAACUGUUAUAAGUUAUUAGUGUCUCGUAAAUUGAGGUCAAAAAAAAUUCUUAUACAGGUUAAAUAAUACCCAAUGAAUACAAUAAUAUUUCAAUGUAAACAAUGACACUUUCAAAUAAUAAAUUGUUUGUCUACAUUG